CUGAUCUUUCAAAUAUCUCCGAAGAAAGAAUUCUCACAAGCCUUCCUCACUGAGAAAGAAAAUAUCAACCGAUCCUGAGCCACAGAAAAUUUGCCAAAAGGCUGUGUUUAGUUCAGCUGACAGAUGCUCAACUUACACAACGAAAAAAAAAAUGAUGAUGAAUAGAAGUUGCCAGAUAUGGGGAACACUCCUGUUAUCAAGUGCUCUCCUGAGCUUUUGGGUGCACGGUAACGUUUGCAACAACGAUGUGUUUGACUUGUAUUGUACUAAAGACGAUUAUUCUUGCCAUCUGCUUCAUAGCAACGCUAAUUCUUGUACUUGCCUGGGAAUAGGAUGCAAACAAACGUGCAAAAGUAUCGCAAAAGAGUGUGAAAUGGUUCUGAAUUGUGGCGGAGGGGAUUGUCAACAAACUUGCAACGCUAAAACAUGCAAACUAAACUGCAGCGGGGGAAAAUGUAAAUUUCAGAAGUGCUAUGACAAAGGAGACGUCUGUGAAAUGGUUCUGAAAUGUAGCGGAGGGGAUUGUGAGCAAACUUGCAACGCUAAAACAUGCAAACUAAACUGCAGCGGGGGAAAAUGUAAAUUUCAGAAGUGCUAUGACAAAGGAGACGUCUGUGAAAUGGAUCUAGAAUGUAGCGGAGGGGAUUGUGAACAAACUUGCAACGCUAAAACAUGCAAACUAAACUGCAGCGGGGGAAAAUGUAAAUUUCAGAAGUGCUAUGACAAAGGAGACGUCUGUGAAAUGAAUCUAGAAUGCAGCGGAGGGGAUUGUGAACAAACUUGCAACGCUAAAACAUGCAAACUAAACUGCAGCAGGGGUCAAUGUAAGAAACAGGUGUGUCAUGAUGAAACAGAUUUUUGUGAAAUGUACUUGGAAUGUAGCGGAGGGGAUUGUGAACAAACUUGCAACGCUAAAACAUGCAAACUGAACUGCGGAGGGGGACAAUGCAGAAAACAGCAAUGCAAAGAUAAAGUAGAAAUGUGCAAUAUGCAUUGUAACGCGAUUGAUUGUACACAGACCUGCGACGCUGUCACAUGUCAUAUCUCUAGAACUUGGCCGACCAGCCCUCAAGGUUGGGUUUCAUGCUCUGGGAAUGGUGACUAUUGUGGAAGUCUCAUGUCGUCUUUGGACUCAUAUCCUCUCACGCAGGGAAUCUUUUCUACCAACAAUGGCGGAGAUAAACGCUGCACAUGCACAAAAUGUUUAAGGGGCUUCUGCAGCUCUUCCGAUUCAUACAGGUCAGAUUUAAUUUCAUCUGCUCCGUCAACGGCGACUCAAGGUUUCUCAACUCAAAUUUCAACAGUGCAGCGAAAAGAUAAAUCUCAUACUUGGGAACACUUGCAGUCAUCGUCGUCAUCACCAUUAUCAUUACUCUCACCAUCACCAUUGCCAUCCUCUUCAAUAUCGUCAUCGUCAUCAGGAGCAGAAGCAACAACAACAGCAGAAUCAGAAUCAAUAUCAACAAAAUCAUCAGCAUCUUCAACAGCAGCAGAAUCAGAAUCAAUAUCAACAAAAUCAUCAGCAUCUUCAUCAUUACCGGCAGCAGCAUCGUCGUCUCCGCCAUCGUCAAUUUGGACAUCUACGUUAGAAGUACUUAAGAAUUUGGCAAAUGGUUCUGUUUCUAAACUUGGUGAAAUAGAUAGCAGGAGAAAUAACUCUUUGAAGGAGGCUAUGCGUGUAUUUGAAGACUUUAUCGAUAAUUUUAUGAACAUCACAACACCCAUUAAAGGCCAACUUAAUGAUGGAGGAGAAGAAACAAGAAGAGAAUCCAUCUUUAAGGUGGCAGUCGCCUUCGAGGAAUUUGCCCUUAACUAUGGUAAAUACCAUCUAAAUGGAACGAAUCCUUCUACAGCGAUCACAAGCCAAACAAUGGUUUUGGGUAUUCAAAUUGGCUACCGCCAUGAUGCAACUGACUUCUUCCUCAAGGGGGAAGAAUGGGAAGUCAGCAUUAAUAUAUCCUCGGAUGAUUUUGCUGAAAAAGGGUCAGUGAUUGUGGGGUGUGUGUACAAGGAUCUUCAUGAAUUACUGCUGAGAAAUCAAUCCACUGGGAAAGAAACUAACACUUCUAGGUAUGUUAACACCAGAAUAAUGACGGCAGCGAUGAAUCCCAAACCUGAAAAAUUACGACGAGAUGCCAUCUUGAAGUUCAGAAACCUUCAGGUCGUUAAAGAAGAACAACACUGCAUGUUUUGGAGUGGUUUCAAAAAUAGUCCAGAUGGGUUUUCAGAGGAAGGUUGUCAUGUGGAUCAUUCGAGGAGCAAUUCAGAAGAAACGGUUUGCAGUUGCAAUCAUUUGACUCAUUUCGCUGUCUUAGUUGACUUCAGCGGUAGCACUAAGCUUUCCGAGAACGACGUAGCUAUCCUGGAGAUCAUCACGUAUGUGGGGCUAAGCCUUUCCAUCAUCGGAAUACUUUCGACAAUAACUUUAUAUUCUUUCCUUACAGAUGUUCGUCAGCCUCUGUCUCAAAUACGCGUCAGUCUUGCUGUGGCUUUAGGAGCUGGACAAAUAUUUUUUCUCUCCGGAAUAAACGCCACAGAGAACAAGGCUGUGUGUGUCAUAGUAGCAGUUAUCAUGCAGUAUCUUCUGAUGGCCGCUUUCUGUUGGAUGCUGGUCGAGGGAAUUUAUCUCUAUCUGUUUGUUGUAAAGGUUUAUAACAUUAACACCAAGAUGCACAUGUAUCACGUCAUGUCAUGGGGUUUUCCCUUAGUUAUGGUGGCCAUUUCACUGUGCAUCGCUGCCGGAAAAGAAGGAAUACAGAGUUACACCAGCGACAAAUUUUGUUGGAUAUCCUCAGCAAACAAUUUGAUAUGGAUAUUUGUCACAUUUGUGAUUGCAAUUGAAGUGAUCAACAUUUUGAUACUCACACGAGUCAUAAGGGAGAUGACUAGAAUGCAGCCAACAGGAGACCAGCAAAGUCAGCAGUUACGAGUUGGCAUUAGAGCAUGCAUGGUGAUGAUUCCCCUGUUGGGUAUCACGUGGUUAUUUGGUCUUCUGUCGCCACUACACAAAGCUUUUUCCUACAUUUUUACUAUCCUCAACUCUACUCAGGGUUUCCUGAUUUUCGUUCUUCACUGUGUGCGAAACAGUCAGAUUAGAGAGCGAUUCAAAAGGAAGGUGACCAGGGUUUUCCCAUCUACAAACAAUGGAAACUCCGCAAAGAGGAGCUCACAGGUUAAUCCAAGUGAUGUUGGUGAUACGUGGGUAGCUGAAUUGCAGUCUUUCAAUGAGUUUGAGGUGGAAAAACACUCAGCUUGAAGAACUAGAUUCAACACUGACCAAGCCUGAAACUCCAUUAUUUGAUUGCUUAAUGUAAUAGUUAGUCAGUAGUAGUUGCUCAUUUUCGAUCUGUCGGGAGGAUUUCGGCCGUUCAAAUCGAGCCUUUAGCUUGGUGAAUAAGUCAUUUGUAAGGUGUCAGUUACUGCAAUGAUUGGGUAAUUUGCUAAAGUCAGUAGCCUUUAACGUUUUUUAAGCUAGAUGCAAGAGCUUUUCAAGCUUUUUUUUCUUUAAAUUAAGAGUAAUUACUUCAUACGUAAUUAGGGAAAGUUUGCUUUAGCUGCAAACUAAAUUGCUUUAAAGUAACUAACCUAUAGGUUGGCUGUCGAUUGCUGUUAGAAUUCAAAACAGUCUGACUUUCACAUGGUGGUUUCUUCGCCUCCUAUCAUUUCCUAUUAUUUAGUUGGAAUGUCGCGGCAUUGCAGUCAAGCAGUCAAGACUGACGUGUCUUCAAACAGUCUUAAGCUUUACUAUGAUACGCAUUUCUCUGAAUUUUAGUGGGCAAUUUUUAGACUAACAUUUUACGAUAGCGUCACCUUUUUAUAAUAUUUAAGCAGUUAAAAUACGUAUAAAAUAGCAAAUACUAUUUGCUUUGGUAAUAGUAGCGGUUAAAGCUGACUUUUAAAUUUUAUGAUAAAUAAGUGAGUGAAAAAACAAAUAAUUGAAUUUGUGACAAAAACGAAAUAAUAUUUUAGAUUUCUUCAGGAUCAGUUACAUCUGAUUAAACGUAGCGGAUUCAACGGAUUAAAAAUUGCGAGUUACUAGGAAGAAAUGGAACUAACUUCGAUGUUCGGGAAAGAUGCACCUGGGCAAGAAAUGCCCUGAGUUUAUCUUAGGUGAAGGAACGCUGUAAACGUGAAAAAACAAAAAGAUUUUUCAUCAGACUUGUUUUCCGGGAAAA